UUCCCCAACUAUUAAUACAGUGUGGUGUAGAAAAAGCUAGAAGAUGCAGGGCCAUUCCUAGUACUGACUAUAAAAUAGAGAAAAUCAUGGGUACCUACUUACUUCACAAUCAUUACUUAGCUUAAUGAGUCAAGAGCAGAAUGACUACUUACAGAAUAGUUCGCAACCAUGUCAAAGAUGCAAAUUUAUUUGACAAGUUCGAAUGUCCUCUCUGUAACAAUCUCUUACAGAAUGCUGUACAGUCAGUGUGCGGUCACUGGCUGUGUGAGAGCUGUGCAGAUCAACUAAUGGCAACUAGUUCGCCCAAAUGCCCGCGACCUAACUGCCAAGAAGACCUCAAUUCAGAUGGAGAACAGUGCUUCCCCGAUCGGUUUGUGAGGAAAGAGAUUGCAAAGAUGAUCGUCCUUUGCCCCUACAAAAACAAUGGUUGCCAAUGGGAGGACAAGACGGCUGCUUUAGAUGCUCAUCUGAAGACGUGUACAUUCGCCUCUGAUGUGACAUGUCCACUAGCUCUACUAGGAUGCCAACACAGCCAAAAUGGAACGAAAGAGGAACUACAGAAACACAUUGCUGAGUGUGGACCGGAGCAUCUACAGCUAAUGGCUACUAUUUUGAGUGUAUUACGCCCUCUACUACCGUCAGCCAUCAGCUCUGAGAGGACUAGCGUGGUUGAGAGAGAUGGAGCCCUUACUAGUAAAGGAAGCAAAACGAAACACGAUGGCUAUGGCUACCAAAGCAGAAGGAUCUAUAGCGAUGAGGGAAGUACAGCUGCUUUCGCUAGUGUUACAGAAAAGGUGAAGCUUGAGCUCGACACAAAACUGACCACACAAAUGAGAAAAAAAGAUGAAGAAAUUGAUACACUUAUAAAAAAAGUGAGUAGUUUAGAGAGAGCAAUGAAAUCGAAACAAGCCGAGUACGAGGAUAGAGACUUUCGAUUAUCACUGAUAGAAAAUACUUCGUACGAUGGCCAAAUGAUCUGGAAGAUACCGCAGUUCAGUCAGAGGAUGGCCGACGCACAAUCAGGAAAGUACACAUCAAUCUUCAGCCUUCCGUUUCACACAGGGAGGUACGGCUACAAGAUGUGCCUCAGGCUAUACAUCCUAGGAGACGGUAUCGGAAAGAACACUCACAUGUCGCUCUUCUUUGUCAUAAUGAAGGGAGAGUUUGACAAUAUUCUGUCAUGGCCUUUCACGAACAAGGUGGCCUUCAAGCUGAUCAAUCAGACGGGGAAUAGGGACAUCAUAGACAGCUUCAAACCUGACCCCAUGAGCAGCUCUUUCUGCAAGCCAAAGUCGGACAUGAACAUUGCAAGUGGUUGUCCACGUUUUGUAUCUCACACUGAACUAAAGAGCGGUGGAUUUAUAGUAGAUGACACUCUGUUCAUCAAAUGCACAGUGGAUUGUAGCAACUCAUAACUAGGAUCUUAACUUAUCUAUAGGACACAAUUAAAUCAAUAUCUUGUGUCCAUCUUUUUUCCCGCAUAUUACCACCUGUAUUCAUUUAUUGUUAUUGUUUGCAUUUACUAUCACUUAUUGUUAUUGCUCAUUUUUCUACUUUUAAGCUAACAUAAUUUAAUUUAAAAAUUA